CUGUAGAGCGUUGAGUGUAGACUGUAGAGUAGAGCGUCAGAGGAUCAUUUUCCCGCGUUUGUGAUACCCGUAUCACUAUUGAAAACAGAAAACAUUAACAGACGAUUCAUUAGUGCAGACUGCAGGCUGAAAUUUGGAUCUUAAUUUACAUAAAUUUCUUUUAUGAUGACAAUUGGACAUUUCGAACCCGCCUACUUUCUUAGAUGUCAUUCAAAAAACAAAGACAGCGCAGAUGUUCAGACUCAGGUGUGGCACUGUUCGUUUGAGCCUUCAGUUGACUCCAUCUCUUCUCGAGUCGCAACCUGUGGCGGCAACAGUGUCUGUGUGAUCGACUGCAAUUCUGGAUCUGUUCUAUCAAAAUUCUAUACCAAGACAGAAAAUAUACUAUUUGCGCUAGCAUGGGGCACAAUCUGCAUCAACAGGAGGCCUUCGAAUGUGAUAAUGUGUGGAGGAGCUAAGGCAACAAUUUACACACUUGACCCAACAUCAAACAAAUGCCUGCUUGUACACUCAUUUGUACAAAAUAGAAAUAAAAUAUCUUUGAAUUCACUCGUGUUUCACCCAAGGGAAAAAAGUAUUUUUUUCUGUGCAUUGAGUGAUGGUGAAAUUAAAUGCUGUGAAGUGCUUGAAGAUGAAAAUAGACAAUUUUUUCUAACGGUAUAUAACGAGUUGUCAACCAGUAGUGAAAUUUUUGACCUCUCUUUUUGUAUAGAAACACAGUCUCUCUUUGCUUCAUUUGAUCAGGGUCUCCACCUUUUUCAUUUUAAAGAUGGGAUUUCUUUUAAAUGCAAGAACAGGCCUGAGCACAAAAUUCUCAAUUUGCCCAAAAACCCCAACAGUGUUCACUCUCAAACUGACACUAAACUUGUUGAUUCCGUUGAAUCAUUAAAUGAUGGUUUUUUUGCAUGCAAAUGUGCCCUUCAUGGUAAAAUUUACAUUUGCGAUACAAAACCGAUUAUAAAAACUAAUUCAAACAUAGUGGACAUCACUCCUGUUAAAAUUUUAAACUGGAGCCUUACAGAUAAUUACUUCAUGUACAUGGGUGUUAGUCCUGAUAAAACAAUCCUAGGCUGUGGCGACGACAAGGGUGCUCUGUGGCUGUAUGAUUUAUGCAACGAAACAUCUAUUAAAGAUGCUGAUAUUAUUAUUCCCUGGCCUAGCCUCAUAGACCACUAUAACGAUAAGAAAAGAAAACUUGCUCUUCAAACGUACGAUAUUGUAGUUGACAAAAUUGCAAUUUCAUUUGAUAAAAAAUAUAUUGUUGCUGUCACAAACAAUAAUUUUGUAUGUAUUUGGAAAAAUACAGAACUAUAGCAUUUAUAAUAAACGUUUUUAUCUCAAU